AAGAAAGUAGAUAUAUCCCUUCAAACUCAACCACCAAUCACCAAUCCAUAACACACAACCUUCUCUUUCCAUCAAAAAACCAAACCAAAACCAUUUUCUUCUGUUUUUCUGUGUUUUUAAGAUUCUUUUUACCUUAAACUUCAAACACACACACACACACUGAUUCAUUACCAAUAAUGGCUUGUUCAUUGCAAGCAACAAUUUCAGCCAACACAUGUGCUUUCUCCACAAGGAGAUUCUCCUUGAAGCAACAAAAGAUUUGCAAGAGAAGUUCAUGCAUGUUCAUUGUAAGAGCUUCUUCUGAUGAGUCUGAUUGCAAUCAAGAAGAAUGUGCCCCUGAGAAGGAAGUUGGGAAGGUGAGUAUGGAAUGGUUAGCCGAGGAGAAGACGAAAGUAGUUGGUACAUAUCCACCACGUCGUAAGCAGGGUUGGACUGGCUAUGUUGAAAAGGACACUGCUGGACAGACAAACAUAUAUUCAGUUGAGCCAGCAGUUUAUGUAGCAGAAAGUGCUAUAAGUUCAGGAACAUCUGGUUCUUCUUCUGAUGGAGCUCAGAACACAGCGGCGAUUGCUGCUGGUCUUGCGCUGAUCUCAAUCGCCGCAGCAUCAUCAAUACUUCUACAAGUUGGUAAGAAUACUCCUCCUCAGGUCAAAACAGUCGAAUACUCUGGCCCGUCACUUAGUUACUACAUCAACGAGUUCAAGUCACAAGAAAUUACUCAAGCUCCCCCCGUGUCUACCACCGAGACGGAACCAUCAUUACCUGUUCAACCCGAAAGCUCUGAAACGGAUGCAUCGUUAUCUGUUCAAAAACUUGAGAGCUCUGAGACGGAUGCAUCGUUAUCUGUUCAAAAACUCGAGAGCUCCGAGACGGAUGCAUCAUUAUCUGUUCAACAACUCGAGAGCUCCGAGACGGAUGCAUCGUUAUCUGUUCAAAAACUCGAGAGCUCUGAGACGGAUGCAUCGUUAUCUGUUCAAAAACUCGAGAGCUCCGAGACAGAUGCAUCAUUAUCUGUUCAACAACCUGAGAGCUCCGAGGCUGAAGUUUCGGCAUCUGUUGAACCUGAAAAAUCUCCUGCAGAAGUGGCUAAAGUUAAAGAUGAAUCUCAAACUCAGCCAGAUACUUCGAGUUUUGACUGGACACUUUAUCUUGAGUGAUCACAUUGUGUGAUUACUUUUGCUUUAAGAACAUGGAAAAGUAGUUCAUUUAUGUUCAUAAUAUGAGAUUAUGUAUACAAGGUUGAUGAUGGAUGGAAAUGUUUUUGCUACCAAAUUAAGUGUGUUCAUAUUUUGAUAAGGAAAGAGAGAUGAUACAUAAGUGAGCACAACUUAACUAAAGGUUAAGCCUUACAUUUCUAAAUUCUAUAUACAAUACUCAACAGUGAAACCAUGUUUUGAA